UGCGACCGAGCUCAUCGGGUAUAUCACUAUCGGCGUUACAUCUGCGUUACAAAUAAAUCUAAUUUCACUUUUCAUUUUGAAAAGGCCUCGUAUGUUAAGAAAAUCCCUCAUCAUAGUUUGUAUCAAUACAUAGCAUUUUUACUGGAGUAUAUUUGCUGAUGCGACGUUGUCGGAAAAUUGUGUUGGGAAUAUUAUCAGGACUUGUUUUUAUCUGGAGUGCAAUCUUUUUUAAGUCUGAUCAUAUCAGUGAGAAAAGCAAACAUAGAUACAAACCACCAACGAUUUUAUGCUGGAUCAUGACAAGCCCUGAAAAUUUAUACAAGAAAGCAGUUCACGUAAAGAAUACAUGGGCAAGGCGAUGUAAUAAAUCUAUUUUCUUUAGCUCAGAGAAAAAUGAAUCUUUUCCAGUAGUUAGCUUGAAUGUAGCUGAAGGGAAAGAACAUCUUACUGGAAAAACUAUGCAAGCGUUUAGAUAUGUUUUUGAGAAUCAUUUGGAUGAGGCAGACUGGUAUUUAAAAGCAGACGACGACACUUAUGUUAUUUUUGAAAAUUUACAAUAUUUUCUGUCAAAACAUAUCGCAACAUACCCUAUCAUGUUUGGUCAUUAUUUUGCGUUUGAAAAGCGAAAAUAUUUCCAUGGUGGAUCAGGCUAUGUUAUUAGCAAAGAGGCGUUGCGAAUAUUUGGAAAUUUUGGAGAUGACCCAAGGCUUUGUAAGAAAGACGGUCCUAGCGAGGAUAUACAUUUUGCCAGAUGUAUGAAAAAUUUAGGUGUUACAUUCGGAAAUUCUUCAGACGAAAGAGGAAGGAGCAGAUUUCACGCCUUUACUCCAGAACGGCAUAUAGCAGGCCAAUAUCCAAACAAUUAUUACAACCUCGACGCCCUUGGUGCUAAUCAUGGAAUAGAAAGUAUCAGUGAUUACCCAGUCUCCUUCCACAAAGUAUAUCCUCAGCAAAUGUACAUGUUAGAAUUUUACGCUUAUCAUUUCCAACCAUAUGGGCUGUACAAUAACGGGCAUGACUUCACCUCUGACAUAUCAAAACGAGUGUAGUUAAUCUCUGCGGUAAAAGAAAAUCAGACGAUAGUCCAUCUCUUUUAUUAUACCGUAUUUAUACCGUAGUUUUAAUCAGUUUGAUAUUUUUAUCUAAGAUUUCUGAGUUCUAUCAAUUUGGUAUACAUUGACGAUAUGUCCAUUAUUUCGUUACAUUAAAUCAGCUAGAUACCAUAUUUAAAAAUAUUCACGGCGCUUAUAAUAUAUUUUUCCUGUGCAAACAUAUUUCAUAUUUAAAAAGAACUGAUGAUAUAGAUAAUGUUGAUAUUGAUACCGAUAAAUGAUUUUCAAAUGAAUGUAUUUUACUUGAACUUCCAACUUGUAAUCAUGUGCUUUAGAUGGUGACAGUUUUUAUUUUGU